AUGGGGUUCAUGGUGGCAGGUCUACAUGACCAGUUGCGACCAGUAGUUGAGGCACCACCAGCAGCGGCGGAUGCAAGUUGCUAUUCACAUCGAUCCAUUGAGACACUGGUGGUUGUAGUAGCUGUGAUCACCAUAAUAUGUGUUAUUGCAGGGAUUAUUGCUCGGCUUUGUGGUGGACAGCAUUUUGGCAGCAAUGGGGAGCAUGACAUAGAAGGAUGGGUAGAAAAAAGGUGUAAAAGUUGCAUUGAUGGUGGAGUGACUACUGCACCACCACCACCACCACCGGCAGAGAAGGCAAAGCCGCCUUUGGAAGAAGCAAAGCCAGCAACAGAAGAGGCAAAGAAGUGA